GCUAAAUGGUAUGCCCGUAGUGUGCUUGAGUUUUUCUUUUUUUUUUGAAAAAAAAAUACACGCAUUUUCGUUUUGAACCUUUUCGAUAUAAUUUUAGAUCGUUUUCAGCGAUCUCUACUUUGAAAAUCUUUAAACAACCUUAUCUUUUACACAAAUGAGCUUACUUCAGCCAUACGUUGACAAUAAAGUUUUAGUUCUCACUCUCGAUGGCAGAAUUUUAAUUGGCACAUUAAGAGGAACUGACCAAACAGCGAACAUCAUUUUGGAACAUUGUGAAGAGCGUGUAUUCUCCAGCGAAGGAACAGAAGUUGUUAAACUUGGUUUAUUUUUGAUAAGGGGCGAUAAUGUGUGCACCAUUGGAGAAAUUGAUACAGAAAAAGAUGAAAGUAUCGAUCUAUCAGAAAUUAAAGCAGAUCCAAUAGGACAAGCAGUACUGUAAAAACGCAACUAUUUGAUUAAAACUACAGCCAUUGAAUUUCUCUCAAAGUGCGAUUAACUCUUACACGCACUUUCAUAAUACCAUCAUCUUUGAUAUUGAACAAAAAUCAAUUGAAUUUGAGAUUGAAAAUCAAUGAAAGUAAACUACUAUGUACAUAUCAGUUAUAUUGGGAUUGAACAAGGAACGUAAUAAAGCAAUUCUAAGUAUGAAGAUAGU